AUGGCCUGCUUCGUCGUUCUACUUGCGAUACUAUUGAGCGGCAUAUCCGGGCUGACAGAAGCUACCAAACCAUCAGCCAACCGUGGCCAGCCGAUAAUAAUAGAUACAGAUCUUUUCAGCGACGUUGACGAUGUGGGCGCCUUGACAAUUGCAAACGUCUUGCACAAUUGCGGAUUGGCGGACCUGAGAGGCGUUGUAAUUAACUCGCCAUCUCAUUAUGGAGCUUUGGGAGCAAGUGCCCUUUGCACAUAUUUCAACAACGAGGAUAUCCCAAUCGCCGCCUUUCGGCCACUUACAAAUGAUACAUUCUUUGACAGCUACUUUUAUUUAUACGGCGAGUACGUUAGCAAGCUAGCAUACAACUGGCCCAGAAAAGUCCAGGAAUCGUCUUUGACCCCUACACCAGUAGAGUUAUAUCGCACUAUCUUGAGUUCUGCCGAAAACGAGAGCAUUCACAUCAUCUCCAUUGGUGGACUUGGCAAUCUUGCCGAUCUUCUAAAGUCUGAAGCAGACCAUAUAAGUCAUCUAUCGGGCUCCCAACUCAUCUCGGCCAAAGUUGGCGAACUGGCAGUAAUGGGAGGACAGUAUCCAUCGGGCUGGGAAUAUAACUUUGGCGGUAUAAAUCCGAAAAGCACCGCAGACGUCGUUAAUCAUUGGCCAAAGAAUGUCAAAAUCACCUACUCGGGCAAUGAGCUGGGUGGCAAUGUUUUCUCUGGGCAGAACUUUGCACAGCGACUUUCUCCUGAUUCUCCAGUUCUCAGCGCCUAUCAAUGGUAUGUUGGUCGAGGUUCCACCAUUCGCCAAUCAUGGGAUCCCAUCACGACGCUGUAUGGUAUCUUGGGGCUGGAGUGGGCCUCAAAGCUGAGAAUCCGCCCAAUGCUUGCUUAUGGAAAUGAGAUUGGCUACAACAGCAUUACUGCAGCCAAUGGAUCGAAUGCGUGGGUCAACGAUACGGGCGUAACUAAUCAGCAUUGGCUGCGCCUAGCAGACGGGGUAACAAAUAGCAGUAUGGCGAGACUGCUUGAUGAAAUUAUGACUCGUGGUCCUUCCGCUGGAUGCUGUUUUCAACAUGGAAUAUCUGGGGAUUUGUGA